CAUUUAUAAGGAGAAUGUUUGUAGGAAGUGUCCAGUCUAGAAACCAAAACGAUUCUUUGAAAAUGCUGAAAAAAAACACAGAGAUUCUUACAAAAUGUCGAAUCUAGAUGACAUUCUGAAAGGGCCCAGUCCAGAAAAUCUCAUUAACUUAGAAAGGGUCCAGUAGAGAAAAACCGCAGGUUCUUAGAGUGUCCAGUGCAGAAAAUAUGAUUCUUGGAAAAUGUAGAGUCAAGAAAGCUGCAGAUUCUUAGAAAGUGUAGAAUCUAGAAAACAAGAUUUUUCGAGAGCAUCCAGUUUAGAAAAUCUGAUCUUUCGAGAGUUUCAAGUCUAGAAAGCCACAGUUUCUCAGAAAGUGCCCAGUCCAGAUAACCAAAUUGAUAGAAAGCUUCUUUAAGUGUUCAUCCUGGAAGGAUAGACAGAUUUUUAGAAAGUCCACAAAACUAGAUUCCUAGAAAGGGAGCAGUCCAAACAACCAAAUUGCUGCAAAGUGUUUUGGUUAUCCAGAUUCUUAAAAGGUGCAGUUCUGAAAACCAGAUUCUUGGAGAGUAUUCAGUCCAGAGAACCAGAAAAAUUCCUAGAAAGUGUCCAUACUUAAAAACCAGACAAAUCAUGUCAUGACCAGAGAACCAGAUUAGAAAACCAGAGAUUCUUGGACAGUAUCUGGUCCAGAAACACACUGCAGUUCCUCUGUAAUGUCUCAGAACCGGGGGUCCGUCACUGACCGGCUUUAGGACCCUGCGUCAUGACGCACGAGGGUCCAGUGCCAUUAUCCGCCGCCGCGCGGUCCCAUUGGGCACAGCUCUCCGCUGUUUACAAUAGACCGAGUGGUAACGUGGAAUUUGUGGGUCCAGGCUCUGAAAGGUGAGGACCAGAGCCCGGACCAGAACCCGGCAGCGGGGGGAGCAGACUUGUGUCCGGUAAAGACCCUUCCAGCGGCCGCUGCUGUCCGUCUGCAGCAGAAAGAGACGAGCUGUUCCGACUCGGUGGGCUGAAGAAGACGCGUAAAAGCGCUCUGCGGUCGAGCAGGACGGAGUCCGAGCGGGUCACUGCUGUUCGGUAGGUUCGGCUUUGGUUCCUGCUACUAACGUAAAACUUUAAACCGUGAAAACACGACUGAGGAACGAUUUCUGAUUUCGCUUUCGGGAGGCAGCCGAACUUGGAAAAGUUGGCACCUUGUGUCUCCGCUGAACGUCCUGAUGUUUUUUACAGACUCUGCUUUCUGCCCGGGGAGUGAAAUGCGCUGCAGAUCGACUCGCUGAGCUCCUGCCACAGACCCGGAGCGGCAGGCUGGUGGUGGACAGGCUUGGAGGGCUGCUGCUGGGCGCUCUGAUGCGGCGGGGCUGUGCUCGGUCCCGCAGGCUGCUCAGCUGCGCGUCCCGCGGAUGAAAACUCCGCUUUCGGUGCCUGUUUUCAUCCACAGCUUUGUGGGGCGCACGGACACAUCUGUGCGUUCCCGUCAGCCAGGAGCAGAUCCACCCUCCCCCGACAGCUGCAGCUCUCUGUAGCCGGACUGUUGAAUGGAUUUUCAGGAACACUUUACUGAAACUGAGGAAUUAGAACCAGACGACUUUAGACUCAGUGUCCGGGCUCGUUCUGGAUGCUCUCCGCUCUGACUGCUGCUGGAGAAAUGCGUCUGUCUGACAUUUAACAGAGGAUUUUCCCUGUUUCCUAAUUUAUUUGAUCUGAAUAUUUGACUUGUCCGGAGGAAAGAUGAACGUGUUCGUGCUGGUUCUGUUCCUCUCUCUGGACCUGGCCACCGUGGCUCUCAGUCUGUCCACAUGCAGCACGCUGGACAUGGAGCAGUUCAGGAAAAAGCGCAUCGAGGCCAUCCGAGGGCAGAUUCUGAGCAAGCUGAAGCUCUCCAGCCCCCCGGAGGACUUCCCCGAGCCGGGCGAGGUGUCCCGGGACAUCGUGGCCAUUUACAACAGCACCAGGGACCUGCUGCAGGAGAAGGCCAACGAGCGCGCAGCGACGUGCGAGCGGCAGCGCAGCGAGGAGGAAUAUUACGCAAAGGAGGUGCACAAGGUCGACAUGCAGCCGUUUUACCCGUCAGAGAACGUCAUUUCUCCGACACACUUCAACCCGUACUUCAGGCGGCUGACCUUCGACGUGUCGUCUAUGGAGAAAAACUCCUCCAACCUGGUGAAGGCAGAGCUCCGGAUCUUCCGUCUUCAGAACCCCGGAGCCCGAGUGUCGGAGCAGCGCAUCGAGCUCUAUCAGAUUUUGGGACACAAAGACUUGUCAUCUCCGACUCAGCGCUACAUCGACAGUAAGGUGGUUCGGACCCAGACGGAGGGAGAGUGGUUGUCCUUCGAUGUGACCGAAGCAGUGAGUGAAUGGUUGAACCACAGAGACAGAAACAGUGGAUUCAAGAUCAGCCUUCACUGUCCCUGCUGCACGUUUGUACCGUCAAAUAACUACAUUAUUCCCAACAAGAGCGAGGAGCUGGAGGCUCGAUUUGCAGGUAUUGAUGACAGCUUCCUCGACCUGAAGGUGUUUAAGAAGCGACACCACAGCGCUCAGGCUCCACACCUGCUGCUGAUGCUGCUGCCUUCGUAUCGGCUCGAGUCUCAGUUGCAGCACAAGAGCCACCGGUCCAAGAGAGCUCUGGAUGCUGCCUACUGCUCCAGAAACGUUCAGGACAACUGCUGCCUGCGUUCGCUCUACAUCGACUUUAAGAAGGACCUCGGCUGGAGGUGGAUCCAUGAGCCCAAAGGCUACGAGGCCAACUUCUGUGCAGGGGCGUGUCCUUACCUGUGGAGCGCCGACACCCAGCACUCCAAGGUCUUGGGUCUCUACAACACCAUUAACCCCGAAGCGUCGGCGUCUCCCUGCUGCGUCUCCCAGGACCUGGAGCCCCUCACCAUCCUCUACUACAUUGGAAAGACCCCCAAGAUCGAGCAGCUGUCCAACAUGAAGGUUAAGUCCUGCAAGUGCAGCUAGAAGCCUCAGCAGACGCCAACGCUCCUUUAAUCAAACUGCAGCGGCUCCACACAGUCCGAGGAGCUGCAGAACCAGAACCACCAGUUAAUAUUCUACUUCCAGAACUGGUGAUGUAUUUCAGUGUUCACUCUGAGUUUCUUCUCCAGUGUUUGACUCUUAAAGCAUCAGAGCUGCUGUUUAUCCGUCAACAUGCAGCUUUUUAUUCACAUUAGAGCCUCAGAUCCUGGAUCAGAACCAGUGCAGUGACUCGGUGCUGAGCUUUUUGUAGCCUGAGCUGGAGCUUCAGGCUGCAAAAACAUAUAAACACGUUUUUUAUUAAUAACAAAAUAAAUGAAAUGUUUUAAAUUCCAUUUGAACAUCGUGAGGCAUCGCAGGAUGACGUCAGUUGCUUCUACACAGAACUGAACGUUUCCAUUUUCAUUUUGACAUUGGAAAAGUUGAGACCAGAGUUCAAGUAGAAACUGUGCUGACAUUAUAUUUAUAUUUUACAUUUUAAUGACACAGACACUUACAGUUCUUUAAUGACGGAUGCGUUUCCUUAACAGGUGUUUUACCUGUUGAGCACCAAACAGAGAAAAUAAAGAAUAAAAUAACCUUCAGCAGUGAAGUCGUGUCCCAGGACACAGACAUGAUGCAGAGACAAGAGACAGGUGUGUCUCUACAGGUGUGUCUCUAGAAAUGUGUCUUUACAGGUGUGUCUACAUAUUCGUCUCUAGAGAUGUGUUUAUAGUUGUGUCUCUAAAGGUGUGUUUUUAGAGGUCUCUCCCCCGGUGUCUCUACAGGGGUGUCUACAUAUUUGUUCCUAGAGGUGUGUCUCUAGAGGUGUGAUUACAUAUUUGUCUUUAGAGGUGGUCGACAGUUGUGUUUUUAGAGGUGUCUCCCCAGGUGUGCCUACAGGUGUAUCUGUAGAGGCAUCAUUACAGCUGUGUCUCUACUGGUGUGUCUACAUAUUUGUCUCUGGAGGUGUUUCUACAGGUGUGUCUCUACAGGUGUAUUUUCACCCAACUGUACAGAGUAAAGCUGGAUUAAACUCCUUUAAUCUUCGUUGUGAUGCUCGUAGUUGUCAGCAGCUGGUUUAUGAAGGUUUUACUGGAACUGUAAAAAAAACACAUUUAAAGUCACUGAGAAAAGAAACUCAAGUUUUAAACUGUUUAGAUUUUCAUUCAGUCCUCCAGAAUGUUUCCUCACAACAUUUUAUUUGUUCCUCAGAUUUAAGUUCAGUCUCAGUUCGCUUCACGCAUCUGUUAAUGUGGAUAAAGUCACAUGUUUGCCCAUCGUCAAAUCAGCAGCCGGCGUGUGAGGCGUGUCUCUGAUAUGACGGUUCUAGAUUUAUGUGGCUUCAGACCUACAGAACGGAUUCAUCACGGAGGAAUAAAUCAGGCUCCAUUCAAACACUGGAAGUAAAAGUGAAACGUUAUUUAUGUGAAGCAAGUCGUGAAAACAUCCCAGAUCUAAAACAUUCACCGUCACUCCUCCACAGUUUCCACAUCCUCAGUGCUCGGUUUGUAAUUCUGCACAUUCUGUACCAUGUUCUGGUUCUGGUUCUGAUCCAUCAACCUGCAGUGCUAAUAUUUACUAUCUGCUCCGUUCUGUACUUCACACAAUCAAACAUUAUUCAUCUUGAUAAAAGGGGAAAAGUCUGUAAAAGUGGUUUAUUGUACCAACGGUUUCAUGGUUGUUAGUUUACUGUCGUUUAAUGUUAAUAUGAAAAAAGCCGGAUUUCUGUGUUUUGUUGCAGAAGUGAGAAAAAACUGUAAUAAUAUUUGCAUAAAGUUUCUCUGUGUACCUAAAGUGGGAGGAAUAUUUUAGAAAACAACUGUUCUGCUGUUAGCAGCUUAUUUAUGUAUUUAUUGAUGUUUAGCAGAAACACAUUCAGCAUCAGAUUCAUCACCGACAGAAAAAAGUCAGAUUAUCAAGGAGACAAACUUCAGUUUUAUUGGAUAAAUGGCUGCUUCAUUUUCCAAUAAUGGAGGGUAGAAUUCAUGAUCCUCAUUCAUCCCAGAAUACAGACUGAAGGCAGAAGAAUUACAAAACCGACUUUCUCUUUUUAUCGAUGUUUCUUCUUGUUCUCUCAAACAGAAUCCUGGAACAAAUAGAUUCAUUUAGGAUGUUUAAGUGCCUGAAUUUCAUCAGAAAAACGGUUUAGAACGAGUCAGAUUCUACACAAACUACAGGAAGGUUUCAUCAUUUACUGAAGGACACAAACUAACAGGUCACAUUAAACAGGAAAAAUAUGACGAUGUUCAUGAUUGAAACUCUACAAAAACACACACUACUGUUCAAAAGUUUAGGGUCACUUAGAAAUGUCCUUAUUAUUGAAAGAAAACAUAUUUUUUCAAUGAAGCUAACAUUAAAUGAAUGAUAAAUCCAGUGUAGACAUUGUUAAUGUGCUAAAUGACUAUUCUAUCUGGAAACGUCUGAUUUUUAAUGGAAUAUCUCCAUAGGGGUACAGAGGAACAUUUCCAGCAACCAUCACUCCUGUGUUCUAAUGCUACAUUGUGUUAGCUAAUGGUGCUGAAAGGCAACGUUACAUUUAUUUUUUGUUAUUCAGUUUACUGAGUCCAAACAGUGAAACUCAGUAAAGCUCAGUCAUGAUUCUUUGUGAUGAUGAUGAUGAUGAUGGUGAUGAUGAUGAUGAUGAUGAUGAUGACGAUGAUGAUGGUGAUGAAGGUUCUCAGAAAGUUUAAACCUUCAAAUGUAAGCUCAGCAGCAGUUUCCUCCUCGACAUUUUAUAGAAUCGUUAGGAUCAGUUUCUAAAUCGCACUGACGCAGUUUUAAUUUUAGUAUUUUAAAUAUUUAGUCCCUCCCCCCUCUAUCCAUCCAGUCAGGAGUGUAGAUGUAGAAACCUGACCCUGCCCUCUUCAGGUGCCGCUGGGAAAAUGGAGCGCUGUGCAUCGACCGUCUCGACAGUUUGUGUAUUUGUUGUGUUGGUGAUAUUAUUGAGACACACGAUGCUGUUUUGUAUCACAGUGUUGUUGUUGUUUCUCGAAUAAAUUAUUGAAGUUUUAUUGGA